AUGCAACUCACCUUGUUCGGUCGUUCAAUUCUACUUUUGGGAUCGUUAGUGGUGGUCAACGCAUCUGCCUGGACUGCCGCUGGCAUACUCUUUGGCCGCACCUCCAUUCUCAGUCUUGCCUUAUUAGCUUGGACAUUGGGAUUGAGGCAUGGUCUGCUCAUGCUCUCCUCGCUUUCUUGCACUUACGUAUCAUUAGCUCUUGACGCCGAUCACAUUAGUGCAAUCGAUAAUGCAACCCGGGGAUUAUUGGGCAUGGGUCAACUCCCUGUAACCUGUGGUCUCUACUUCUCCCUUGGACACAGCACUAUUGUCGUAGCGGUGACAGUCGCUUUAGCCGUAUCAUCUUCGAUCUAUAGUCGCCUCGACGGUGUGGGAAAUGUUGGCGGCAUCAUUGGUGCUGCUGUGAGCGGUACAUUUCUCUUUAUCGUCGGACUUGCAAACUCGAUUAUUCUGUGGCGAAUCAUUCGGCAGAGACGACGGGUGAGUCCUUGA